UGCAAGCACCUAUAUUAGGAAUAAGUGUAUAUUAUCACCACCAUUAUUGUCCUCUCCUAUCUUACCAAAGCCCUUAAUAUAUACGAUAUCCAAUCGACGAUAGCAACGUUUUUAAUUCCACAGGACAGAAAGCAACCAUGGCCUCUCAACUCCCCGCGUUCCCCCGUACCAUCUUCACUAUCGUCGAACCCAUCUCGCUCAUCGGCGGCUUCCUAGGCCCCUUCAUAAAUCCCGACUGGUUCAUCGCCUCUCAGCUCGACAACCCGGACGUCAACGAUGUCCCUCAGAGCGACGGCAACGGGCGCCUAGUCGCCUACCAGCUAGGCAACGUCUACGGACUGCUCUUCCUUCUCGGUGUCGCGAUGCUUCACACCACAUCCGAGCUCAAGGUCGUCCGGAACUAUCUCAUCUGUCUAUGGAUCGCAGACAUAAGCCACGUCGGGGUGACGUGUUGGAUGCUCGGGUAUGACAGGACCAUGGACGUGGGUUCGUGGAACGCUGUGACUUGGGGUAACGUCGGGUUUACUGCUUUUCUAUGCUUGACUAGGACAGCCUACCUUCUAGGCCUCUUCGGACCAGAUAGUCAAGUCGUCACGGCGUCUAAGAAAAAGGCAUGAAAAAUAGCCAUACUCUGAAGGUAGUUUACACUAUAGUAGCUAGCUGUGUCCAAAUCACGAGCACAGGUAAAUCCGAUUAUAAUUAGAACCCUUUGAAUUCAUCGGAAUAUUUAUGCCUCGAUCCCUUAAUAAUGGGGAUGGGUAUUCCGGGAACGUAACUCAUAAUUGUACAGCAACCCUAUCCCAGCCUCAAUGCAACUUGCUUUGAUGUCGAGAAAAGAACAUUAACCCUUCCUUGCCAAAGCUAUGCAUGUCCGUCAUACUAAACCUCCCAUGUAAACAAUAUCAACCUCGCCGAUCCUAGUUCUCACGAGGUCGCUUGG